CAGACGGUCUCCAUCAAAUACUAAUACAAUUAUUACUAAACCUAAUACCAUUGGAUACUGUGCACCUAACUACGUUUGCUGAAUUUAGCUGUACGAUUAAGUGUUGUGUUAUUAAACUUAACAAGGGUUAAUUUAAUUGGAAGCAGUGACACACAAUGGUGAACCUAAUUCGUCGAGUGGUUUUUCUCUUCAUGACACUAGUUAUCACGAAUGAAGUCUUUGCCAUUGACUACGCUAUGGAACCUGAACUUGAGUCAUACGGAGAGGAAGAAUUAGCUGAAAUGAUACCUUCUAUGGAAAAUGAUAAGUACAUCCGGCACAUCCAUUCCAUGAUUAACGCAUACAGAGAUGACAUCUUGGGUCGUCAAAUGGUAAUUGAAACAAAUGCACUUGUUGACACGAAGUACAAAACAUGGAAACGCAAUGGAGACUUGAUAAAUUCUCUUCUGGCACUACCCAAAGGCAUGAAUGACGCAGGCCGUUAGGCAUAUACUCGACUUAGCUGUAUUAAAUUACUGUGAUUAAUACAAAAUAUUAAUAUUUAUGAUUAUCA